AUGGUGCUCGACUACAGCAAGUGGGACGCCCUGGAGUUAUCUGAUGACUCAGAUAUUGAGGUUCACCCCAAUGUUGACAAGAAAUCUUUUAUCCGAGCCAAGCAGGCCCAGAUUCACCAGCAAAGAGAACAGCGCCGUCAUGAAAUCAAGACCUUGAAGUAUGAGCGCCUUAUCAACGAUGGGCUCCUCUCGCGAAUUGACCAACUUCUGAGCAAUCUCAAUGCGAGCGAGAGCUCUUCGACCUCCCCAGAUGAAGUCCUCUUCAAGACUGUCAUGGAGUUCGCCAGCAAUCCAGCGGAAGACCAAGCCCCAACACCGCCAGAAGGAGUUUACACAAACGAGCCCGAGCAGCCCAAGUUCUCGCAGAUGAUGAGCUCUUUGUUGGACCAAGUGAAGAAGGAAUUGGAUGAAAAGAAGCCCGACAACUUGUUCAAGGCUUAUAUCCAAGGCGUUGAAGGACACAAGACCAAGGUUCAAAACCUGCAAACGGAGCUGUUGACGAAGUUGGCUCAACUCGAAAAGGAAGAGGGGAGCAAAAUCACAAGUGAUAAACUACAUGAAGGUUUCAAUACCUCCCAUAUUAUGAAGGCUGAAGAAAAGGGCAAGGCAUCUGCGACCAGCAAACAAACAGAGGUUGAGCUGCUGAACCCAGGCGCUUCGACCCAAUCCUCAGACCAAGCUGCCAGCAACGAUGACGAUGACCCUGCCAACGUCGAAGUCAGUGCUCUUGCCAGACAGUUCGUGAAUCUGAAGGUCACAGAGGAAAAUAAAUACAAAAUGUAUCACGAUUUUAUUGCAUCUCACCGCGAGAUCUUGAAGGAGAAGGAGACAGAUGGACUGCUUGUGGAAGCCUUCAAUGCGCAAAUUGAAUUCGUCAAAGCUAAGCCCGAACUUGAUGCCAUCAAAUCAGAGCUUCGAACCCUCAACUCUCAGCCUAGCAGCAAAGAGCUUGAGGAGACUCGCAAGAAACUCGAGACCAGACGCAAUGAGAUUGAGGCUAAGGAGAAAUACUCUCUCGCACUUGUGUGCACAAUGGGCUUCUGCUGCAAUACUGUCGUUCUCUUGGCCCAGAUGGUAUUCAGCUCUUUUUCAGUCGUCAAGGGCCAUCGUGCCUGGGAGGUCUUCACCAACGAUGUCAAUGAGACACACGGCCGUAUCAAGGAACGCGCCAUUGCUCUCAGCAAUGAGACCUCCGCUUCAAAUGACCCUGCGGGCGUUGAGCAGAUUCAGCUACAUGCUGUCGACCCUAAUACCAAGAUCACCAUUAACUUGCCUAAUGCCAAUAACCUUCAAAAGGCUUUGGCAUCUGAGUCUCUGGAUGAGGUAAACAAGGUUCUUGGGGCCAUGUCUGUUGAAGAAGCAGAGAUUAUCGUUGAAAAGCUGAGCGAGGGAGGCAUGCUCAGCUUAGAAGAAGGCAUCAUCGAUGGCACGACUGAAGAGGGUCAGAAAAAAUUAGCAGAUCUGGAGGCCGAAGCAAGGCAAGAAGUUGGUGCCCCCGGCGGCGACAUUACGGAACUGGACUAG